AUGAUGAGCUCUGAUCUAAAAGAAUUUGAUGCACCGAAUUUUAGGAAUUCUACUUUUAGACUUGACAGGCCUUCUUCGUACCUUCUCAACAAAGCGAGACGCGAUGAAAUUAAUGGCUACUCUAACCUAAAGAAAUCAAUGUCCUCGUCGACAAUUUACAUUGGAAAGCUUUCAUUCAAUACAACGGAAGAACAAUUGUUUGAGCUAUUUAGUAAUUGUGGAACAAUUGUGAAAAUCAUCAUGGGGCUGGAUAAGCACAAGCUAACUCCUACAGGAUUUUGUUUUAUCAUAUUCGACACACCAAGUGGAGCGUUGAACUCGAUUAAAUAUCUUAAUAAAACCAAGGUGAACGGCCGUUCGAUGGAGAUAGAUUUAGAUCCAGGGUUUGAAGAAGGACGGCAGUUCGGUCGAGGUCCUGACGGCGGGCAGAGGCAACCACAACAGCAGUAUGGAAACCGCUAUGAUCAUGGUCGAAGGGGUGAAUUUGAUAAAAAUGGACGGAGCGGAUAUAAAAAUACUAGGACAAGAGCAAGAGGUAGGAAUACUUACAGAGAUAGACAAAGACAUCACACCGGCCCUCAGAAUCGUGAAAAUUAUCUGCCGCCUCAACAGCACGAAUCCCAAGGAUACAGUGAGCGCCGACCUGAAGUGCCUCCUCAUUUGGUGGGCGAGGAAUUUGCCUCAAAUGUGUCCAAUCAAGAACUUCCACCUCAUUUACGUUGA